UUGACCGGCCCACAAAGCAUACACGAAGCACAGUGCCGCGGCAGAGCCAGGCAAAGCCGGCAGCCAAACAACGCGUGGCGGACGGCGCGUGUGGCAGCGUGUGGCAGGAGCGAGCUUUCUAUUCCCCAAGGUGAAUUUGUUCAGGUCAUCAUGUCGAUUGUAGAAGCAAUGCGGCUUCCCUCAGAGGGAACCUUGCGAACUUUCUCUGUGGACAAAAAGCUACCACCUCUUCCACUUCCACCACUGUCUCAUACGCUACAGAGAUAUGUUGAUUCAGUGAAACCAUUUGUUUCUCCUUCUGAGUUAGCAAAAACAAAAGAUAUCGUGCAGCAAUUUGAAAAUGCAGAGGGGAAAAUGUUGCAAGAAAAACUACAAGCAAAGGCAGCAACAAACAAAAAUUGGGUUGAAGAAUGGUGGGAAGAUAAAGCAUACCUGGAAAAUAGACUACCAUUGGUGCCAUUUUGUUCAAUGACUGGAGUGUCACCUAUAGACCAUUUCUGGAAAUUUGGCCCAGGCCGGAUGGUAAAGCAUGCAUCUCUCUGGAUGUAUUAUACAAUUGAAAUGUGGAAACUCCUACGCACAGAACUCUUAGUUCCAACCCAAAGUGCAGAUGGAAAAAUUAUAUUCAGUAUGUAUCAGUUUCGAAGGCUCUUCAACUGUAGUCGAAUUCCACUUCCCAAAAGAGAUCGACUUGACAUCCACUUCAAAACAGAAAAAGAGGGUUUCUGUCCCUCUCACGUUGUUGUGGCUUGCAAUGGACAUAUUUACAUUGUGGAUGCUAUUGAUGAAGCAACUGAGUCAAUUUUAACUCCACUUGAGUGGGAACAACAACUUCAGUUCGUAAUAGAAGAUGCUUUUCAGACCUUAGGACAAGGAAUUUCCAUUCUCACUUGUGAUAACCGAGAUACGUGGGCCAAGAAUUACAAUCAUCUAAGAAAGAUAAGUGGUGAAAAUGCUCAAAAUUUACACUUAAUUGAGUCUGCCAUCAGUGUGUUGAUAUUGGAACCGAAUAUAGAACCUGAGACUGCUAGUGAAAUGACCAUGUCCUCGAUAGCAGGAGAGUAUAAGAACUUGUGGGCUGAUAAAUCGGUACAAAUAGUUUUUUUUGGGAAUGGCAGAUGUGCCGGCUUAGCUGAUCACACUGCAUUUGAUGGAAUGAUAAGUGUCACAAAUAGCUUUUACAUUUACCAAUCACUGGUGGAAACUGGUGGUGUAUGGCGUGGACCAUUGACAGUUCGAGCACUACCAAAACCCAGAAGUUUGAGUUUUGUCCUUGAUCCAAUUUUAAUGGAAGAGCUUAACUCAGCAGAUUUGAGGUUAAUUAUUUCAAAAUCUAAAGUAGUUAUAGUACGAGAAACAUUUUCCAGCUAUGGAAAAGCUUAUACAGUUAAAAACCGCAUUCAUCCAGAUACAUUUGUGCAAAUGGCGCUGCAGCUCACAUAUUUUAGCAUGCAUCAAAAACUAGCUCCAUGUUAUGAAACUGCAACAACGAGAGCUUUCUAUAAUGGGAGGACUGAAACAUUGAGGCCUUGCACUGUAGAACUUGGCGAGUGGAUUAAGGCCAUGGUAGAGAAGGAAAUGAAGGCAGACGAAAAACUUCGGCUUCUGAAAAUUGCAGCUAAAAAACAUGACGAUUUAAUGAAAGAAGCCCGUGAAGGAUAUGGUUGUGACCGACAUUUAUUUGGGCUUUAUUGCAUUGCUGAAGAAAGUCAAAAGCCAAUUCCUGAUAUUUUUAAAGACCCAUCUUAUACUAAAAGUGGUGGCAAUGGAAAUUUUAUCUUAUCUACUAGUUUAGUUGGUUACACUCCAGUAGGAGGUGGUGUUGCUCCUAUGUGCUUGGAUGGCUACGGUAUUUUCUACAAUAUUUGUCCUGACAGCUUUACAUUCACAAUCUCUGUUAUGAGAGACAGCACAGAAACUAGUGCAACAAAAUUCUUUCAAAACCUUUGUAAAACCUUCUACUCAAUGAGAGAUGUGAUUGAUAUGGGAAAGGGAAACAGUUCUGUGAAACACAAAGCUCAUCUUUAAACAAAAUCAAUUUGACUGGAGCAAAAGUAGCCCAACACUUGUCAUUGUCUGCAAUAUCCACUUGCCUUAUUUUUCCUGUCACAGAAGUGUGAAGGAGUGUUACAUUUUUUAAAUACUUGAAUCACAAUAUAGUUUCGGAGGGGGGAAUCAAAAGUUGGAUAGCAGGUGGCGGAAGCAGUAAGUGAGGGACUAUACUUUAAUUUGAUACACAUUUGACCAUGACAACAUAAAUGUAUGUAAAUAUACAGAUAAUCUGUUGUGCCUGUUGUGCACUUUAUAGAGUUUUAAAAGUUCUUUUAAAAGGUUCCUUAAUGCAAUUUUCUUUGUUUUUCAAAAAUUUAUUGUAAAAGGGACCAACCAAGUAGGAACGUAUAAUUGGAGUAUGUUAACUAACAAAAUAUUAUACUUUACUGUUUUUCAUUAAUUAAUUCAUUUAUUAAUUCAUUGAAUAUUUCAUUUUUGUUGUUGCCAAAUGGAUGUUUGAUAAUUGAGCUCAAAUAAAGGCUGUUCAUGUGAAAGACUGACAUUAGGCUUGACAGAGGUGUUGAUGAAAGAAUGAGUGUUACUGUAUGUAGUUUUUGGUUGUUGUUGACAACACUGGAAUGAAUAGGGGAUCAUGAGUCUUUGUGGCAAAGGUUCUUUUUCCGAGUUAGACCAUUGUGAUAGUUGAUAGUUUCUUACGUUAGACUUAGUCAGAAAAUGUUUGAAUAUGCUGUUAAAUGUUACUCAGAGAGACUAAUUAUGAAAAUAUUUUUUUACCUGAAUUAAAUUAAUGAACUUUCAAUGAAAUUUUAA